GCAUUCACCAAAAAAAACCCUAAACCCUUCUCCGGCUGAGCAAUUGAAUCUAAUGAACGACAACGAUUCCAUUCAAUCGCCGCCACUUCCGACUGAGCAAUUGAAGCUAAUGAUACCAGACGAUUCCACUCAAUCGCCGGCCCCUCCUGCUGAAGAACUGAAGCAAAUGAACGGCAAUGAUUCAACGCAAUCACCGGCCGAUGCUCAAUCGCCAGUGAAAGCAGAUGCGGAGCUGGGCGAAAAGAGGAAACGAGAGGAUGAACCAGUUACCACGGAGGAAAAACUACCCACGUCUCGCCAUCCACUGUGGAAGACGAGCAUGUGCUCUUAUUUUCGUGGACACGGCGUUUGCAAACAUGGCGACUCAUGUCGGUUCGCCCACAGCGAGGAGGAACUCCUCCUCCGUCCUGACAAUACCUGGGACCCUACUUCGGAGAGGGCGAAGAAGAUGAAGACUGAUGAUUCAGAGAAGUUGGAUUCAGGUGAAGAUCCGAAUCCCACAGAAGAUGGGUUUCUCAUGACUGAUGCUUUCGAUGAUGAUUCGUCGGAACCUGCACUUUCUAAGUGCUUGGUGCAUCUCCCAAUGAAGUGGACUUCGGAUAAUUUGAAGAGUUUUCUCAGUGAUCAGGGUAUUGCAUAUAAAUCAGCCAAGAAAAAGAAGAAUAUGGCUGUAGGUUUUGUGAAUUUUGAUGAUGUAGAUCAAGUGAAACAAGCAAUGAAGGAGCUAGAGGGGAAAUGUGCUGGAAACAAAACAUUGAAGAUUGCAGAUGUAGUUCCCCGUACCUUUGAAAAGAAAGCCAGACCGACCAUGUCUGUCCAAAGCUCAUCUGAUCAUACUGAGAUGAUUGAUUCUUCAAAUGGAUGCCAAAAUGGUGAUAAUGUUGAAGAAACUACAGUGGGAGAUGGUUCAGAUGUGAAGGCAAGAAGUGCUCGUGAUUCGGUGACACCACUUGGGCAUAUGCAAUACAUAGAUCAACUGGAGUACAAAAAGAACAAUCUCAUGCAAAUGCUAAAAAAGCUUACUAAGAAUGCACGAAGAGCUUGUCCAAAUGGUGUUCCUCUUCCACAGUGGAUUCGGAACUCGAGGGAAAUAGGUGGACUUCCAUGCAACUUAGAAGGCAUUAUUGAGUCGCCACUUGUAGAAGGAUAUCGUAACAAGUGUGAAUUCUCAGUUGGUUACUCGCAACAGGGAAAACCAACAGUGGGGUUCAUGAUCGGGAACUUCAGAGAGGGAGUGACUGCUGUGGAAGAACCAACAGACUGCCUAAACGUUUCUAGCAUUGCUUGUAAAUUUGCUUCAAUAUUUCAGGAGUUCUUGCAAACCUCAGAGUUACCACUUUGGAACAGAUUCAACAACUCUGGAUUUUGGCGCCAAUUGACAGUUCGUGAAGGAAGGAAACUUGGCAGCACUUCUGAUAUGAGUUUAGAGGAUAGCAUUGCUCAAGUCAUGCUAAUCAUCCAGGUUUCCACAAAAGGCUUUGAUGAUGGGGUAAUAAGUGUUGAAUUUGAGAAGAUGGCUGAAGCAUUUUCCACAGGAGCUUCUGUUACAUCUCCAGCUUUGCCUCUAACAGCUUUGGUGGUGCAGGAUCACCAAGGAAUAUCAAAUGUAUCACCAACUGAUGCUCCAUUACGUACACUUGUAAUUCGUAAACCAGGCUCUGAAGCUGAACCAGCAAAUAAUGACGAGGAAGCAAGGAUUCAUGACUAUAUAGGCAACCUGCAGUUUUCUAUAUCCCCGACAGCCUUUUUCCAAGUUAAUACUCUUGCUGCUGAGAAGCUUUACUCACUUGCUGGUGAUUGGGCUGGUCUAGGGCCUGAUACCUUGCUUUUUGAUAUCUGCUGUGGAACUGGAACAAUUGGCUUGACAUUGGCUCACCGAGUUGGCAUGGUGGUUGGCAUUGAAAUGAAUGAGUUCGCCGUUUCUGAUGCAAUCAGGAAUUCCGAAAUCAAUGGCAUAAAAAACUGCAGAUUCGUUUGUGCAAAGGCGGAGAACAUAAUAGGAUCACUUUUAAAGGAGUAUAUAUAUUUGCCUGAGAAAAAUGGUGAAGUUGUAGAUUCACAAGGAAGCAACAUUGAAGAAGCAGUUGAUGUUAAGGAGCACAGUACAUCUGAAGAAGUAUCAAAUCCCAAAGAUACCCUUGAAGGUGCAGAAAAUGGAACCUCUGUUCGACAAUUUAAAAAUGUUGUUGCUAUAGUUGAUCCUCCUCGAGGUGGACUUCAUCCCACUGUCAUCAAAGUAUUGAGAACUCAUUCCCAGCUCAAGAGACUUGUAUACAUAUCCUGUAAUCCAGAAAGUUUGGUGGCGAAUGCAAUUGAGCUGUGCACACCAUCUUCUGAAAUGAACGAUAAAUCGAACAAGGACAAUAGAGGAUGGAGGAAAAUGAGCAGUGCAGGCUUAGCAAGACACAGAACCAAAUCAAUGCCAAAUUCCGAGCCAUUCCAGCCUGUUAAAGCCACGGCUGUUGAUCUUUUUCCUCAUACUCCACACUGCGAGUUGGUUAUGCUUUUGGAGAGGUAAACCAUUUUUUUUAUCUAUAAUGAUUAGAAUCGGCUAUACCCACCCUUUCCCCCAUCCAUAUAAUGUAUUAUUAGAUUCUUCAUUAAUAUACAUUGAGAUUAACAGGACUAGACAAUAGAAUAUAGACCUAGAAUGGGUCGGCGUCCUUUUCAUUAUCUGUUUUACUUAUUUGGUACCCCGGGAUAAAUAUUUUUGUUUUUCUUCCCCAAAUUAAUUAAUAUGCUGAUGUGCU